ACACUGCACUGGAGUGUCAGCUAUGCCCUCUGGAAGACACACAAAAUGGCAGCCUUCAUGAAAACAUGCGUGUUGCGGCUUAUUUCUGUUCGUCCAGUUACAGGUUUAACAGCUUGCAGAAACGGGAAUAAUAUCAAGAAACUUUGUCCAGCACUCAGUCUAUCGAGGCCAUGGUGUUCUGUUACAGACGAGAGCAGAGGUGCACACAUAAAAAAGGUGGUAACUGAUGAUUCUAUGCAUAUGCACAAGAUUAUUUCCAAUAUGUUCAUCGGAAAAGGAGGAUAUAACAUCAACAGAAUUCUUGCAGACAGUGGAAGGGACUGCCAGGUGGACGUGGUCGACUAUGGAGUUAAAAUCAGAGGUUACGACGCUGAAGGAGUCAAAGAAGUCGCAGAAAUCGUAGCACAAGAAAUCCAGAGGAUUAAAGAUGGCGUGAUUCAGGAGAGAGUAUUCACAGAUGAGGAGACUAGUAAACACCGCUCCAUUUGUGGACUGCUUAUUGGAAAAUCCGGGAGGAACCUCAGAAGGUUGACGUCAGAAUCUGGACUAGAUUUUAGUAUAAUUACCCCCCAAUCUCAAAACAGUGAUGAUAAACAUGUUAUAGUUGCUGGAACGGAUGCGGAAAGGGUGAAAAAGGCUGUCGAGUUAGUAAAAGAGGAUAUUCAAAGAAUAAAAAAUUUAUUAGCACCAGAGUUUUCAGAAGAAGUGCUGACAGAUACGGAUGAGGCUAUUCAUCAUAUGAUAAGCGGUAUGAUCAUUGGAACAGGGGGACAGAACAUAAGAAGAUUUAUGUCCGAGAACAAACUGAACUGUAAUGUAACAAUCCCCAGAGAUGAUCAUGUACGACAUAUGCUUGUCCAGGGAUCUACUGCCGAGGAAGUAAAGAGAGCUGCCGAUCUGUUACAAACGGAAAUUCAAACCCUUAUAAAUAAAAUGGGCGAAGUCUAGAACCAUUACAGAUAAAUGAAAUGGGCGAAGUCUAGAACCAUUACAGAUAAAUGAAAUGGGAGAAGUCUGUUAGUACAUGUAUAUUAAAACCCUUACAGACCAAAUUUUGAGAGGGGGAAGGUUAUUAUGGGCUGGUAUACAGGGAGAAACUAGAGUUUAUGUGCCGUAUUUGAUAUUAAUGUCAGAGAUUCCUGGAAAUUUGAAGCAUCUUCGAUGAGUGGUAGUUGAUAAGUGUGAGAGAAGUUGCCAGGCACUCCCAAGUACUGAUCAUGAGGAGUAGAAAAGUAGAAAAUAUGGCUUUUGUAAAUACAGUGGGUUUAACUACACAGAUCCCCACAAACAAUAUGUUACUUUGAUCUGGUUCAUGUAGAGAUAUCUUUGGUAAUGAGUUAAUUUACAUAUGUAGAUAUGCCACAAACAAUGUGUAACUAUUGUACAUGUGAUAUCUUUUUUAAUGAGUUAAUUUACAUAUGUAGAUCCCAUAAACAAUGUGUAACUAUGGUACAUGUAAUAGCCAGUGAUAUCUUUUGUAAUGAGUUAAUUUACAUAUGUAGAUCCCCACAAACAAUAUGUUACUCUGGUACACGUAUAAUAGCCAGUGAUAUCUAGUUGGUAAUUGGUUAAUUUACAUAAUUAUUAUUUAGAUAUGCCAACAAACAAUACAUUACUCUGGUACUUGUACUUGUAUAUAUAACCAUUGAAAAUUAAAAACUUUGUACAUUAGAGCCUUGAUUCAAAUGUUAUCAAUAUUAAUACCACCCAUAACACAAAUGUUAUCAAUAUUGAUACCACCCAUAACACAAAUGUUAUCAAUAUUAAUACCACCCGUAACACAAAUGUUAUCAAUAUUGAUACCACCCAUAACACAAAUGUUAUCAAUAUUGAUACCACCCAUAACACAAAUGUUAUCAAUAUUGAUACCACCCAUAACACAAAUGUUAUCAAUAUUGAUACCACCCAUAACAGUUACUAGAGGUGAUCAUGAUCAGGAAACAGUCCCUCCCCUUCUGAUUGUCACAUUUACAGAAUUUAAAGAAAUCUUUACAUGAAAAAGAAAUUAAUAUGGUGAUAUAUAUAGAUAUGUUGCUCUCUUGAAAUUGUCUGUUAUUUUGAAUUGAUUAAACGUGUCCAAUAAAGAUGUUUUUAUUGUUG